AACCUCUCCAGAAAUCUCAGCUUCUGUUUCUCUCUCUCUAGAAUAAAGAAUCUUGAGAGAUCGCACCACCCAAAACCCUAACCCUAGGAAAAACCGAAACAGGCCAUGGCGUUCAACAGCUCCAAAGACGAAACCGACCAAACUCGCCGACUCUACAACCCUUACCAGGACCUCCAAGUCCCGAUCCAAACCCUAUACAAGCUCCCAACCUCCCCCGAAUUCCUCUUCCAAGAGGAAGCCGUCGCCCAACGCCGCUCCUGGGGCGAAAACCUAACCUACUACACCGGCAUCACCUACCUCGGCGGCGCCACCGUCGGCGCCGCCAAGGGCUUAGUCGACGGCGUCAGGGCGGUCGAGCCCGGCGACACGAUGAAGCUGAAGGUGAAUAGGAUUUUAAACGGGUCGGGACAUGCGGGUAGGAAGUUUGGGAACCGGGCCGGGGUGAUUGGGCUGAUGUUCGCCGGGUUGGAGAGCGGGAUGGUGGCGUUGAGGGACACGGACGACGUGGUGAACAGCGUGGUGGCGGGGCUGGGGACGGGGGCGCUGUACAAGGCGGCGUCGGGGCCGAGGUCGGCGGCCGUGGCGGGGGCGAUUGGAGGGAUGGUGGUUGGGCUGGCGGUGACGGGGAAGCAGGUGUUGAAGAGAUACGUGCCGAUCUGAUGAGGAUAGGCCUUGUUUCUUUGGCUUGUGCAAGCGCUAUGGUGGUAAAACUGUUUAUUGUUGUUCCCAAAUUUUGAUCUGCUAAAAAGUGUGUUUUGAUGGUUUAGUAAUUUAGAGGCACGGUGGAUUCGUGCUCCUACUGCAUAUUUAUUCAUUUCAUCAUGUAUCGCAGUAGUACUUUGUCAGUGAUGUGGUGAUGAAUAAUUUGAAUUGUCUUUUAUAUGGAACUUAUUGUUUCAAAUGGACCUGUGUUAAAUUCAGCUGGGAAAUUUGUGUCUUGAA